AUGGAAUCCACUCUGGAGGCCAAUCAGGAGACUCCACGUGUCAACAGGAAACACGUCACAUCAUCCCUUCAUGCGUCCGUGUCCCACCCCUCCAAAAGUCCUCACCUUUUCGCUCACUUUUUCUUGCCCUCGCAGGACAAGAAUACUCCUUCUUCAGACAUUCAAACAACCUCUAUUAUGAAGAGGACGCGGAAACCGACCAAACGGUAUCAGUCUUCUUCCUCCUCCUCUUCGUCUUCUUCGUCGCUUAAGCCGCACCGCCGCGGCAACCGGACCAAGACGCGGAGGCCCAAGUUCGUCAGCCUCCGUCUUCAGUUAUCCGAGCCCAAGAACAUGCCGGCCGAGCCCAACCCCAAGGUCCAACAGCAGCCGCAGUUGAACCUCUUUCCUCUGCAUCCGGAGCACCAGGACAUGCACGAGGAGCAGAACGUGGCGCUGCUCUUCAGCGCGGAGGGCGGGGCCACGCUGACGGGGCUGCUGGAGGAGGAUUCGGCGUCGCCGUCGUCGGCGACUACGGAGGGAUCGCUGUCGGCGCUGACGUGUCCGAUGGAGGACGCGGGGAACUGGCUGGUGAGGAAGGCGAUGCGGCGGAGGGAGAGCGAGGAGGGGAGCGAGGAGAGGUGGGUGUGCUACUCGGAGGUAGUGGAGGAGAAGAAGGAGGUGAUGGAGGAGGUGACGAGUUACUGCGUCACGGGGAAAGCCACGACUACGACGUCGUUUGGGUUGUUGUCCUUGAAACUGGAUCACCAGGGGAUAUUGAAUGCUUGGUCUGAUAAAGGCUCGUUAUACGUCGCGGGGGAGGGGGCCCCACACACUGUCCCAGACUUCCUCAAUGGUUUCCUCCUUCAUAAUUCCCUCAUCCCCCAUGUUGCAUGGGAUGGUUGGGGGAGUGGUGUGGUUGGGAACGCAUGGAAUGUUGCUGAAGAUUGUGGGGCUAACAAGAGAAAUGUGAAGGAAGAAAAUGGUUGGAAGUUGGGGCAGAGAGAGGCAAGUGUGCAGAGAUACAAGGAGAAGAGGCAAAGCAGGCUCUUCUCGAAGAAGAUCCGUUACGAAGUUCGCAAGCUGAAUGCUGAGAAACGGCCCAGGAUGAAGGGACGAUUUGUGAAGAGGGAAUGA